CCUAUGUUUAGUGCUUUCGGAUAUACCUUCUUGGAGCGGCUCGGAAAGGGCACCUAUGGUGAGGUUUUCAAAGCUGUGUAUCAGAAGUCCCGCGGUAUUGUUGCCAUAAAGCGCAUAUCUAAAAAAGCGCUGUGCAAACGCGCUCAGGAUAACCUCGUAGAGGAGAUUGGUAUUCUGAAGAAGCUCCAGCAUCGCAAUAUCGUUAAGAUGAUUGAUUUCUCGUGGGAUUUGGACUACGUCUACAUUUUUAUGGAAUAUUUGGGUGGAGGUGAUCUGGGCUCUUUUCUUAAAUCAAAAAGAAGUCUUCCUGAGAGGACGAUUCGCUAUUUUCUUCAGCAGCUCGCUUUUGCAUUGCAUUACCUAUAUGAGAGAAACAUCGUGCACAUGGACAUAAAACCGCAAAACAUACUCCUAACAACCUCAGUCCCACCGGUUCUGAAAUUGGCGGAUUUCGGUUUUGCCAAGUCGCUAGAGAAGCCAGUCAGAAUGGACGAGAUCCGUGGUUCUCUGCUUUACAUGGCUCCGGAGAUCUUCAAGUUUGGUGUCUAUGAAAAAGCAUGUGAUCUUUGGUCAGUGGGCGUCAUUCUCUUCGAAUGUUUAUUCGGCCAUGCCCCAUUCACUUCCUCCACCGUUGAAGAGUUAAAAGCCAAGAUUUUGGACGAAUCUCCCAUCAAGAUCCCCAGUCAACCUGCCUUCAGUAGGGAUUGUAUUGAUUUGGUUUCCAAACUACUAAAACGCAAACCCUCUGAGCGGAUUCCCCAUGAGGAGUUUUUUGUUCACCCAUUCAUUGACUUGGUCCACGCCCCGUCCCCGCAGAGCAUCGACAAGGCCAUCCACCACAUUGUGGCUGCUGAUAAUCUCUACUCAGCAGGAGACCUAGUUGAUGCCUACUUCAACUACAAAGAGGGACUUAACCAUUUGAUUUCGGCUCUCCAAAUUGAAUCGGACUCCUCGAAAAAGCGAACAAUAAGGGCGAAAUACAUAAAGGUGGCAGAAGAGUUGAAUCGUCAACUGGAUGCUAUUGAAGUUGUUGCUUCCAGCCACAGUGCCAAAAUCAAAGGGGCCACCCUGCCUGCGGCUAAAUCUCCUAAAAGGCCGGAUCCCAUUAGCAGAGCAGUUAACGAAGCCAUCUUAUCAAUAAAGAAACUCGAGCAGAUACCGUCCUUGACCGAUCUCCAGUCCGUUUCCCUUGAUACUGUUGGUGCACCAAUUUCUGAAUAUGUAGUGCAGGUACUAAUCAUUGAUCACGAUCCUGCUCCUGUAUACCUGCUUCCCUACACAACAAACGCUUUAAAUGGAUAUCUUUAUGCUAGCGGUAUCCCAUCUUUAUGUGAUAUCUCGGAUGCGAGGAAGCAAGAAGCAGAAUCACUGAAGCGCCAGUCUUUUGCCUCCACCUCCCCUCCGGUAUCGAGUCCGAUUCGCUUGGCCUGCCUACGUAAGACAUGGUUUAACUCCCCCACCAGUGCUGGUGGAAGCAACCUUGUCCCCUCUAGUUCCUCUCAGAUUCCGGGCUCCACUAAUAUGUUUGAUGACGCUAUUCCUGUGCUUAAAACCGAACCCACAUCACAACCCUGCGUCAAGACAGCAUAUGAAUAUGCCAUUAAAAGGGUUGAUGGGCUCAAGGAAAUUUCUUCCAAAGAAAAGACUGGAAUAUCGGACACUCUUGACGACCUCAGGCGUUAUUAUACCUUUCUGCACAAUAAUGAGUACAAAGCCGCAAUGGACUACUUGGAAUGCAAUUUCUACGGCUGGCUUGCAUUUUUAAAAGGUUAG